CUAGUGAACGUCAGUACCACGAACGAGCGAAUUGCAAUCAGUUAUAUUUUGUUUAUUUUGAUUAACCUUAAUAAAAUAUAUCAGUUACAUUAAAUAUAGUAUCUAUAUUAUGGUUUUAUACUUUUAAUUUUUUUCUAUAAAUGAAAACAAUAGUGCGUCCUAAAGUGUAUUAAAAUGACUAAUUUACGUUUAUUUUUUCAAAUUUUGCAAAUAUCUAACAAGAAAAUUUUGAACUCAUUUCAUUCAUCUAGAAUGAUUUCAUCACCAGAAAUAUGCCAAUGUCCAUUGGUAGACGAAGGAGCAUCUAUAGUAAACUCUCCUGUAUGCAAUGGAAUUAUACUUUUCAUGAUGUUAAUAGAAUCCUAUAUGAAAGGACGAUGUGACAUCGCUUCACCGUGCAAUAGAAUCGUAUCUGAAAAGAAUCCUGAGCCGGAGUACGACUUUAUUGUCGUUGGAUCUGGAGCAAGUGGUGCAGUUGUAGCUAGUAGACUUAGCGAAGUAGACAAUUUUAAAGUCCUGCUUAUAGAGGCUGGAGGACCAGAACCUAUAGGUUCUCGAAUACCAUCAUUUUAUAGAACAUUCUGGUUUAACGAGUUGGUGGACUGGCGAUAUCGUACGGUACCCUCAAAUUACUGCCUCGAUCAAGAGGGACAAGGUUGUAUGUAUCCGAGAGGUAAAGUUCUUGGUGGCUCCACAUUGCUCAAUGGUAUGAUGUAUCACCGUGGGCAUAAAGCUGAUUAUGAGGAUUGGGAGAAAGCGGGCGCGCAGGGCUGGUCGUGGGAUGAGAAUUUACCCUAUUUUGACAUGACUGAAGGGAACAAGCAAAUCGGAUCGCUUGUUAGCUACAAAUAUCAUUCAGCCUCUGGACCUAUGCCUGUGCAAAUGUUCAACUAUCAACCUAGAGCUGUAGACGAGCUAGUAAAUGCAAUCUACGAAUCUGGCCUGCCUAUUAUAACGGAUAUGAAUGAUCCAAGUACUCCUGAUGGAUUUUCCAUUGCUCAGACAUUUAAUGAGAACGGACAAAGAAUAACAACCUCUAGGGCAUUCCUCCGAGCUAAGUGGGAGCGGCCUAACCUCAGUGUCUUACUACAUUCCCACGUGUCAAAGGUCAUAUUGGACGGAAAACGCGCGGUUGGUGUUGAAUACAUUGACACAAAGGGGAAUAAGAAAACUGUCCGCGCUUCUAAAGAGGUGAUAUUGAGCGCUGGAGCACUCAACACACCACAAAUCCUACUUCUCUCUGGGGUCGGACCGCGCGAGACUUUGCGCAAAUUUAACAUUCCUGUUGUCGAAGAUUUGCCAGUCGGAAAGAACUUUAGAAACCAUUACGGGGCGACUCUUUACUUCAUGUUAACGAAGUUGAAUAACACACAAGCGCUGGAUUGGAAUGUAUUCAGUGAAUAUAUAUUGCGGAGAACUGGACCGAUGAGUUCAACAGCACUUACUCAGGUAACAGGUAUUUUGUACUCGAGCUUGGCUGACAAAAAGCGAAGGCAACCCGAUAUUCAAAUUUUCUUCAAUGGUUUCUACGCUGAAUGUUCUAAGACGGGCAGAAUUGGUGAACCCAGUGGUCCUUGCCCUACUAACGGUGUAAAUGUGUCCGCGAACGCGGCUGCUCUACUGCCUCGCAGCGUUGGAUACAUCACCCUGAACUCAACGGACCCGUUAGACCCGCCGCUCUUCUACCCAGAGUAUUUCAGUCACCCUCAUGAUAUGAUCAUGAUAAAGGACGCCAUCAAAUACCUGAAGAUGAUCUUCGAUACUGAUAUAUUACAAAAUAAGUAUGGUAUCAAACUAGAUCCGGAAUACACGAAACAGUGCGCCAAUACAGGUCAAGAGUGGUCAGACAAAUGGAUGGAAUGCAUGGCCCGGGUGCACACCGACGCGCAGAACCAUCAAAUUGGCACAGCCGCCAUAGGACACGUAGUAGAUCCUGAUCUGAUGGUCUACAAUAUCAAAGGUUUAAGAGUUAUAGAUGCAUCUGUGAUGCCCACACAGACCAGCGGCAACCCUCAAGGAACAAUCAUGAUGGUCGCAGAACGAGGUGCUGCUAAGAUUAAAGAGAAAUGGAUGGAGAAAAACGCCAGAAUAUCAAAUCUUGGACAGUCAAAGGCAAUGUACCAAAAACUUAGAGUAGGUCCUUAUGGACCCUACGACACUGAGGUCACUAUAACAAGCGACACGAAUGUGAAAAAAUCCGUUCAUAAAUUAGAGAUUCUUUCAAAAAUGACUAAGAUGAGAUCACGUUCUUAAUGCGAGUGUAAUCUAUAAUUAGAAUACGUGAAUAUUAUGUAUAUAUAGAUCAAUAAGCACCUACGAAUCAAAAUCAGAGAAAAUAUUGCGAAUACCCAGAAUAAACUUUUUUGUAAUAAAUGUAAUAAGUUCUUUAUUCUUUGUUGUACACAAAAGGUUAUUGAAAAAAAAAAACAAACAUAAUAGUUAUUUUUUAUAAUAAUAACACUUUCUUUAAAUAAAUUUUAUCAAUAAGAUUUUAAUUUAUAAAAAAUACCUUUUAGCUAUUCGACGGAUUAUAUUUUUGCAAAAUAUGUAUAAAUGUAAUAAAUGUACAUAGGUAAUGGGAAUUAUAUGAAGUAUACCGUGAAGGCACCUUCCACUAUUUAUUGCACAGUGAAGUUGUAAACACCUAAUUAUAGCAUUGUAAAUUUGUAACUUUAUAAAAUAUAACGAUUUAUAUACAA